AUGCCGCAAGCUCACUUACUCAUCACGUUGGUUGCCAAGAUUGAUACUCCUGAGAAUGUAGACUCCAUCAUUUCUGCCGAAAUCACGGAAUAUCCAAAAAGUGAACGUCCUUAUAGAAAGGAAAAAUUGCAUUAUAUUGAUCUUAUCGGAAAAUUUUUGAUACAUGGACCAUGUUCGGAACGUUCCAAUUCGCUGUCGGGGAACAGAUGGAAGCAAGUGAUCAAAGGAAUUUUCCAGGUCUUACAGGAGUUUUAG